AUCCCUUCGGGGUUUGCGAAGCAGGAGGACCUUAGACUCGCUUUUUCAACAUCUCUCACCUCAUCCCCACCAUUCACCUCUCUCCAUGAUUCAGACCUCAGCGACCUGUCUCUUUGAUUUCUAGACAAACUUCGCACAAUGGUGGCAUCAAAUCGCCUCCUACCGUAUGCUCUCUGGGCGCUUCUGAUAUGCCUCCUAGGUCUCAGCAAUGCCCAGGACGCCCCAGAGUGCAGCGCAUCACUACCAUGUACAGCGGGAUGUUGCAGCAAAUUUGGAUUCUGCGGUUUAGGACCGGACUACUGCAGCAAGGAUGUAUGCGUCAAUAACUGCGACCGCAAAGCUGAUUGCGACCCGGGAGGUUAUGGCAAAGACUACGUGCUCAAGACCACAUGCCCCCUAAAUGUCUGCUGCUCUAAAUAUGGCUUCUGCGGAACAACAAAAGAGUUCUGUGGCACGAAAACCGUGAGGCGGCCAAGCUGUGACAUUGACCAGAAAGGCAAGUUCAAGCGUGUUGUGGGAUACUAUGAGAGUUGGGCCACAGGGCGGCCGUGCAAUCGCAUCUACCCAGAGCAGAUCCCUUCAGACAUCUACUCCCAUAUCAACUUCGCCUUUGCUAGCAUCGACCCCACCACUUUCGAGCUUGUCCCCGCCGAUGUAGCAGAUAUUGAUCUGUAUAAGCGCGUGGCCAAUCUCAAAGCCAAGGAUAUAAACCUCAAGGUUCUCAUCUCUGUGGGCGGCUGGACCUUCAACGACCCAGGUCCCACGGCCACGACUUUCUCUGAUAUUGCAAGAGAUGAGACGGCUCAGAGGAAGUUCAUCGACUCGGUGCUCAGAUUCUUGCAGACGUAUAACUUUGACGGCAUCGACAUAGACUGGGAGUAUCCUGAAGCUGAGGAUCGGAGCGGGCGCGGCGAGGAUUUCGCCAACUUCCCUAAGUUUAUGAAAAAUAUAAAGCAGACUCUCAAGAGCUAUGAGGUCAGCGUCACACUCCCGGCGUCUUUCUGGUACCUUCAACACUUCGACCUUAAGAAUCUCGCACCACACGUCGACUUCUUCAACAUUUUGACGUACGACUUCCACGGCGUGUGGGACAAGCUGAACAAAUGGGUCGGCCCGUAUCUCAACUCUCACACCAACCUAACGGAAAUCAAAGACGGUUUGGAUCUCCUCUGGCGCAACGGCAUCGACCACGACAAGGUGUCACUAGGCCUCGCCUUUUACGGCCGCGGAUUUAUAGCCAGCAGUCCCACUUGCCUCGAACCGGGUUGCACGUUCGAGUCCGGGACUGACGCCCAGUCGUGCAGCGCUGAGGUCGGUGUGCUGCUGAACUCAGAGAUCGACGGCCUAGUCGCUGAGCAGAACUUAAAGCCCGUACUAAACAAGGACGCCGCCGUCAAAAUCCUGACAUGGGGUGGUAACAACUGGCUUACCUAUGAUGACGAGGAGACGCUGCAGAUGAAGGCAGAUUUUGCACGCAGCGAGUGCCUUGGCGGAGUCAUGGUAUGGGCAAUCUCACAUGAUACGCAGGACAUGAAGUACAGCAAUGCUCUGUCGGGUGUGGCCCCAAGGCUGUUUAAUUCCAAACUUUAUCGGGGCAGCGUAGGUAACGGAGAUAAUGGAUAUGUUACGGAUGAAACGGACUAUCAACAGUGUAGGUGGACAGGUUGCAACGAGGACUGCCCAGGAGACUGGAUCCGUAUGAUGAGGAAGGAUGACGGCGCUAGGCGUGACGAGUUCAUGGUCAAUGGAGCGGGGUGUGGUGGAUAUGGUGAACACAAGCUAUGUUGCCCGCCAAGUGCCAACGUGCCCACAUGCGGGUGGUACUCACAUAGGAACGGCAAUUGUGAUAAUGGCGAAUCCUGCCCAGCCGGCACAAAGGAAAUCGGAAGCAACAGUGAAUACUGUCACCCUAGCGGAUUCUACUCGCCGAUCAGGUCCUACCAAGCUGCAUGCUGCACUACCGACACCGACAGUAUGGUGUUAUAUUCCCAGUGCGACUGGUCCGCGAAAGUAUCCCUCGGAAACUGGCCGGAUUGUUCCAAGUCGUCGUGCAGUAAUGAUGUGGUCGCUUACUCUGGUGAUGGCAGCGGCGAAGCCACCUGCUGGGGAGCCUGGUACGAGCAGCUAGGAGACUCACAAAAGAACAAGUACUGCUGUGAUCAGCCUGAUGAUAACAAGAAAUGGUCGGACUGCGAGUGGCAGGGUAAAACAGACAUCAUUGACGAAGACACGGGGUUGCACAUUUGCACGGGGGAGUGCUCGGGGGGCCUUAUUAUGGUGGCCGCGCAGCAGGCGGGAUGCUCGGGUGGGGGGGCUGAAGUGAGAUGCUGCAAGCCGAGCUACAAAUCAUUACAGAAGAGGUAUCAGAACAGCGAAGAUGAUGAGUUCGCAUACUAUCUAAAACGUUACAUGGAGAAUCCAUUCUGCUCGGCAAAUAUCUUCAACUCUAACGGACUGCGAAAGCGUAUUGACUCACCAGUAUCCGACCUAGCUGUCACAGCUAGCAAUGGCACCGUGAUUAAGCGUCAAUUUAGCCCAGAUAUUGUGGCCCAGGACUACGCGGAGAAAAUGGCCGAGGAACUCUUUAUUGGAACGCCGCGACAAUCUACCAUAGAUAUAUGGGAUAACACAGUGGUUCCCUACUUUGAUAACCUCUCCUAUGCUAACCUCCAUGACUACCAGAUGGGAGCCGGACGUAACGAAUUCCUGCAGUAUGGAAGUACGCAAUGGCCCUGGUAUAUCACCUGCAAUAUGGCUACCCUACAAAUCGCAAUGUCGGGCAAUGGAGGUGACUCGGACCCGGGCUCAGGCUCCUGCACGACAACCUGCGUGUGUGUUAGGGCCGACUGCUGCAGCGAGGAUGACAGUGAAUGCAUCAACUCUAGCGAAGAUGGGUAUGACACCGUUUCCAAAAGGGCCGCAAAAAACUACGAUUGGACGGCCUUCGAUUAUAGGACAGGUGCUAGACAGUCUCUUCCUUGGAGAGCACCAGAUUAUCCUUCACCAAGCAAUUUGAACAAGAUUAAGGAGCGCAGCAAAUUCGCCGAAUCGUACACAUACGAUCCGAACUGCGCUAGCUUCCGCCCUGUCGUGGUCGAUUCUUUACAGGACGGCAAAAUUGUUGAUGGAUUCGAAAGCAAGUCCGCCCUAAAUAUGACCAUACUUGUUUCUGGCCCUAACUCUGUUUAUUAG